AUGUCAGCUGCGGAUGGUGGCGCAGCUGCAUUGCUUAUCGCAGGACUUGGUACUGGUGGUACCGACGUAAUGUAUGAGGAUGAUCUAACGGAUAAUAGUAUUCCGGAUAUACAGAAGAUAACAAAGAAGAACAACAUUUUGCCACUGUGGGGCAAUACGCAAACGAUGAAUUUAAAUGCUUUGGUAUUGGAAAAUAUUAUCCAGUGCACUUAUUACAAAAAUUACCUUGCGGAAACUACAGGAUUUCAACAGCUUACAGAGGAAAUUUAUUACAGUGUGAAGCAUCUCGAACCGUGGGAGCGCGGUACACGAAAAACACAAGGGAUGACCGGCAUGUGCGGCGGGGUACGAGGUGUUGGUGCUGGUGGAGUGGUGAGUACGGCAUUCUGUCUUCUUUAUAAACUUUUUACAAUUCGGCUCUCCAGGAAACAGCUAGUUAGUAUGAUUAACAACAGCGAUUCACCGUACAUACGAGGUAUUGGAUUCAUGUACAUCCGAUUUUGUCAACCACCACAAGAUUUAUGGGCCUGGAUGGAACCGUAUUUGGAUGAUGAGGAACAAAUCGAUCCACGUUCUGGUGGUGGUGAUGUAAUGGUAAUGGCACAAGUUGUAAAGAUGAUGUUAACUAAACUGGACUGGUAUGGUACACUAUUUCCGCGAAUCCCUGUUCCAAUUCAGAAGGAAAUUGAAUUGAAAUUUCGAGAGAAAGCGAAACUAGAUUAUCAACGAGAACAUGGAGAUCGGGAAGGUGAUUAUGAAAGACAUCGAAGUCGAAGCAGAUCACGAGACCGAUUGCGAGAGAGGUCGAAGGACCGAGACAGAGACAGGGAUCGAGAGAGAUCCCGUGAACGUGACAGAGAGAGAGAUAGAGAUAGGACUAGAGGACGAUCUCGAGAAAGGAGGCGAGAUUCCAGGGGCAGAUCAAGAGAAAAAUCUACUGCAAGGUCCAGUUAUGCUAGUGACAAAAAGCGGAAACAUGGUGGUAAUCGAUAUAAGUGUAAACAUCAUUUACGGCAUCACCAUUGCCGAAAACAUAAGGAAUAUUGUCCAGCAAAAGCUAAAAAAGCAUGUCAGGAGAAAUUGGAGAAAAAUACAAAAUCUUGA